AUGGCUCAGAUUGGAUGCUAUGUAGUCCUGUUUAUUACAUUGUUCAGCGGUGCAUGGCCUGUAAAACACAACGAUCCGCCCAAACAAUUGAAUGAGCAGAGCAAAGACACAUCGAUGGUCGGAAUUAACGGACCCAUCACUAACACAAAUGGAACUGACAAUAGAAGUCAUGAAGAAUUUCCUGAUUCCCCUAAUGCACCACUAGCAGCAACAGAUGAGACCACAGUCACCACGGUUAUCAAAUACGUGGGCUAUGUAACAGUGCCUACCCUCCUUGUCGCCAGUCUAACGGGCAACUGUCUCACAAUCAUUGUGAUGCUCAGUAAAACAUUCUGGAACUCUCCCUGCAGCCCCUUCCUCGUCGCAUUAGCCAUCUCCGACUCCACCUACAGCAUGGUAAUCCCCUUUAGCAACAUCUUCUUCAGACAACUCGUCGGAUUUGACAUCCGUGCCCUCACUGAAAGCGGCUGUCAUAUUUUUUUCAUUUUUCACAAAGCAUCCAAGAUAACAUCCUCCUGGUUUAUUGUCGCCAUCUGCGUUGAACGCUUCAUUGCUGUUUGGUUCCCACUGAAAGCUAACAGUAUUUGCAAAAGGCGGAACCUACUUCUCGUUGUUCUCACUAUCUUCCUGGCAGUGUACAUCUUCACAGGUGUAUGGACCUUCUCCACGAUGAUCAUCAAUGGUGUUUGUGUUCCAAACUACGCCACCCCUGACACAGCUGUCCUCGCCCGGGCGUAUUUGGUGGCCGGGUCGAUGGUGUUCUCUCUGAUUCCGGCUUCCAUUCUGAUCAUCCUCACUCCAGCCACUUGUUAUAAGCUCUUCAAGCACCAGGCCAAACGGAUGGAACUAUCAGUUGCACAUAGUAAUACAGGUGCAAGUAACAACAGAAGGGCGUCUCAAACCACGGUCAUGUUGUUAGGGGUUACCAUUGCCUACAUUAUACUCGUUACUCCAACAUGCAUCCUUCAUAAUAUCUGCUUCAGCCUGAACAUCAGUUUAUAUGAGACCAAGGACCUUACAAUGUCCAUUGCAAGAGCUGUGAUACAGUUCACUGAGCAACUGAACUUCUCGAUCAACUUUAUCCUCUACCUACUGUGUAACCGUUCAUUCAGAAACCGAGUGUUGGUUAUCCUGCGCCUCAAGACAGAAACACAACUCACAGAAGGCAAUCACAUCCAGGGUCCCCUGACUCGCCAAACGACUCCCAGGUAUUAG